AUGGGCAUACAUGAGGCAGAGGAGGUUCGUAUGCUCUCCAAGCAGGAGUUGUUGGCGGAGCACAUUAAGGCGAUCCAAAGCGGUUACUCUGUCAAGCCACACCUUGAGUACACAACGAUUCGCGCCGUGAAUGGACCGCUGGUCAUAUUGGGUGAUGUGCGUCUACCGACGUUUGCGGAGAUUGUGAAUAUCGAAUUAGCCGAUGGUACCCUUCGCCGCGGGCAGGUGUUGGAGGUGGACGGAGACAAGGCCGUUGUCCAGGUGUUCGAGGGAACAUCCGGCAUCGAUGUCAUGCGCUCCAAAUGUGAGUUUACCGGAAAAGUAAUGGAACUCGGCGUCAGCGAAGACAUGUUAGGUCGUGUCUUUAACGGUUCUGGCAUUCCUAUUGACAAUGGCCCCCCCGUAUUGCCUGAGCAGUACCGCGACAUUCAGGGGAUUCCAAUUAACCCACGGGCACGUGUGUACCCGGAGGAGAUGAUUCAGACCGGGAUAUCGUCUAUAGACGUCAUGACGUCCAUUUCACGAGGACAGAAGAUUCCACUCUUCUCUGGUGCUGGUCUUCCUCAUAAUGAAAUUGCUGCCCAGAUUGUGCGUCAGGCCGGUUUGGUUCGAAAGGAAGGAAAACAAGAGGAUUUCUGCAUUGUGUUUGCAGCCAUGGGUGUGAACCAGGAGACAGCACGAUUUUUUCGUACUGAGUUUGAGGAAAAUGGAUCUAUGGAAAAAACAGUUCUGUUUAUGAACUUGGCCAAUGAUCCCACAAUUGAGCGCAUCGUCACACCCCGUCUUGCUCUUACCACCGCCGAGUACCUUGCGUAUGACUGCGGCAAACAUGUGUUGGUUAUUCUGACAGACAUGAGUUCCUAUGCCGAUGCCCUUCGCGAGGUAUCGGCGGCGCGUGAGGAGGUCCCCGGGAGACGCGGUUUUCCUGGAUACAUGUACACGGAUUUAGCCUGCAUCUACGAGCGUGCUGGCCGUGUUUUGGGACGUGCAGGGUCCAUCACGCAGAUCCCUAUUCUUACGAUGCCCAAUGAUGACAUCACGCAUCCCAUUCCGGACCUUACGGGUUACAUCACAGAAGGUCAGAUUUACGUGGAUCGGCAACUUCAUAAUCGUCAGUUGUACCCGCCCAUCAACAUUUUACCAUCCUUAAGCCGACUUAUGAAGAAUGCCAUUGGUGAGGGCAUGACCCGCAAGGACCAUGGUGGUGUCAGCAACCAAAUGUAUGCUGCGUACGCCAUCAGUCGGGAUAUUUUGGCCAUGAAGGCGGUCGUUGGUGAGGAGGCACUCAGCAGCGAGGACCUCCUUCACCUGGAGUUUUUGGAGAAGUUUGAGAAGAAGUUUAUUUGUCAGGGAUUCUACGAGUCCCGCGAUGUGUUUCAGAGCCUUGAUCUCUGCUGGCAGCUUCUUCGCACCUUCCCGAAGGUUUUGCUCAACAAGAUUGACGUCAAGACGCGCAACGAGUUCUACGACCGCCAACCCGAGCGGAAGUAG